AUGUAUAAUCCAAAGUUCCUAAUAAUCUUCAAUUGUAUUCGAGGUGGUGGAUUGUCAGGCAACGACGAAGUGUUCGGAGUAGUGAAUGUCGUUCCUUCCAGUAUGGAGGUUCCGAUAGGCUUGAAUGUAGAUCAGCAAGCUGUGAUCGAGGAUCAUAGACGGGAUGAACCUCAUGCUUACGUUUCGGAAGUGGCAAGAAGAUAUGCUGAGAAGCUUCGCAAAUCGAAGGAACGUUCUCUGCAAUCGGAUUUCGAGAAUGAGUCUACAGCUGUUCCUCUGAUAAAACAGCGGUUACGUCGCCUCAUCGGUGAAUGUGACAUCGAAAGGACAACUUGCUGCGUACCUAUGUGUGGUCGUGUGUUCAGUUCUGUGCAGGUUCUUGCAUGGCACAUGUCUUACUCUCAUCAUGAUUUGGGACUGCAGUCUACGUAUGGGAACCUCUGUUUCGUUUGCGGCGUUCGCAUGGACAGUGUCAAAGGUAAAACUAUUCACUUGAUGGGUAAGCAUAAAGAUCUGAGCGUGUCUCAUAACGAGCAAUGCAUGCAUCAACGAUUACCAGUUAUAUCUCCUUUGGCUCCUGCGGCCUUGCGACUGAUGCAAUUCGCUGAUGAAAGGGUGGGUGACAGGGAUCUGUACGUAGAAGCAGCGUACAACGGCUACAGUGAAAGCAGUUCGAAUGGGCACAUUGCUGGCGAUGAUGGCGUGGAACUUGCGAUAAACACAUGA